GGUGGACAAGAAAUGCGGCACACGGAUCCUGCAGCGCAAAUACCAGUCCUAGGCAUGGAAAUGGGUUCCACCGGGAGGCACUGAAACUUCUGCACACAGUAAAGCUGAUGCAGCAGACACACAUCGAACAGCUGUUACGAAUUCUUGAAAACCUCAGCAGCAGGAAUGGUGCCACUGAAUUGCCGAUGUCAGACUUCAUUGAUGAGCCAUUCAAAACUAUUGAAGAUUUCGUUGCUUUUGAAGAGGAACUGAAAAGGUCAUCUGAGAAGAGAAAACAACUCAGGCUGUACAUGAAGUAUGUAGGCGGCACGAAUGUCGGAGAACGUACGAUGAGGAUCUUGUCACGGCUGCUUUCGUCUGUUGUGGGUAAAGAAUUCAGCCUCCACGGAGCCAAAGGAAAACGGAAAUUCAAUGACCUCCAAAUGUGGAAGCUGAUGUGCGGUUGCUUGGCACCUGAAACCGCGGAAAAAGCUCGCAACGAAGGGACCCUGAAGGAAGUAGAGAAAGCUGCUCAGUCCUGGCUGCGUCAUGCCCCAGAAUCAUACAGGAAACAGCAGGCUAGAGAAAACAUAGAAAAUGAAGAUCAUCUGUGAUACUUCCAGUGGGACAACAUCCAGUCAGAGCCACACUGCUCUAACCUGAUUCAAGCUUCAAAAAAGUAACUUGUGGAUUAUACAAGAAUGAAACCGGUGGGACCUGGUUGGCUGUCGGCGUGUUUUUGCAUUCCGUCUAAUUAUCUAAUUAGUCAAAAUUAUUAAUACAUUUUUAAAGGUGCAUUUAAGCGACUUGGUUGCACUUACAAAGGUACUUGUAGGUCGCCUCUCUGAACAUCUGAUUCAGAUGCUUCGAACACACUUCCUGUUGGCGCCGCCUUUUAUUUCUAUGUUAAACAAGAAAGUCCGCAAAACAGAGAAGUAGCACAUUACAACGCACCUACUUUUGGGACAGUUACUUUCAAACACACUGUGACUGAUGUUUUUACCACUAUCACAAACCUCCACAGGCUCCUGCUUGCAUCAUCACACAUAAAAAGCCGCUGAUGAGAUGCAGUUCAGCUGCCAUCCAUGUUGGUGCCUUGACACUUGAACAAGGCUGCCAGGCAAGCCAAGGGCCGAAAUUUGUACACACGCUUGGGCGUUUUCGGAGACAACCUGCAGCUUUGUAAUUACAACACACUCUUAACAGUUCAUUAUUUUACUUAAUUGGCUAAUUAGGCAGAAUACGAAAAGUACGCCUACGUGCGCAACACUGUUGCCGAACAAAUUCUGUUGGCUUCAUUCUUGUAUUAUGCACACUCUUUUUAAGUUACACUGUGAUGAAGACAUGUUCAGGCAGAGCAUUUUGACAGUUGUGUGCUACCACAUGCAUGGUUUAGAGGGGAGUUCUUAUGCGUCAUUGUUAAGGUGUACGCUUGCAUCUCAACUACCAAGGUCACAAUGUUGUAGUUGUAAGGCAUGUUACGUGUGAGGGGUGCAUAACAAAAGGUCAACCUGGUAACAUAUACUUCCAUGUAUCAACACCGUGUCAACGCCACUGAGAGGCAACUUAACUUUCUUCAUGGCAGAUACGUUACUUGAAGCAAGAACAAAAGCAAAGCCAACAUGAGAUAGUGGAUACGAGUGGGUGAGAUUUAACAAAGGUCACAUGAAUAGAUUAGCUGCAAUCACUGCCAGUGGUAUUGACAGCGUGGUAGUUAAAGAGAAAAGCAAUUACUGGUAAUUUUCUACAGACCUGGAAUAUACACGUUCUGUCUGGUGCAUCGGAAUUGCAAAAAUUGUAUUGUAACCGAGAGGUUCACCAUCUCAUUAAAGCAGAUUCAGUUGAUACUUAGGUAGUGCACAAAGACGCAUCACACCAUACAUAAUGAUGCUGGCAAUCACAAGUUAUGAUUUUAUGGGGGUGGACUUAAAGUUGCUGAAAGUCAUUUUGUCCUCUUUUAAAUACUAGCAUUGUGAUUUCUUUUUUUACCCGUCUACAUCAAGCUUGCACUGUGAUACCACGUUUAUGACAUAGUUUUAUUUGUUUUGUGCGCUGCCAGCAUGGGUAGUUUCUCUUAUGAGGUUAUAUACAACAAGUUCAUUUUUGCUUCUGAGCAUCCAGCAUGGGCCAUCAAUGUAGAUUACUUUGUGGCAUCCUCUGUUUUCUCUUAUAUUUGUGUCUGCUGUUUGUUGGCUCAAGUAGCGACCUACAAGCUUUUUUUAUAGUACAAAAUAUUUUGGUAUUGUGUUCAAAGCGAUCAGUCGUUUGGGUGCUCAUGAAUACGUUCUCCAUGCGAGAGGUGUUGCCAAUAUGUUUUGAAGUAUCUUGAACUAGUCUGAUGUUUAUCCAUGUACAUUGCUGGUACAAAAGUGUGUCCACUGCUAGAAAAGUCUUCUGUCAUUCCAGUGAUAUUGUUUAACAAGUGCAAUUUUUGUAUUUGAAAGUAGUUUCAUUUAUGGAGUAAAGUCAUGCUGCAACUAGUCUAAUAAAUUACAUUAUUUUUA